AUGGAGGUGAAACUUGCCGACACUCGCGCCGAGCGAGACCUGCAAGACUCGCUUGCUGAAAUCUUCAGCAUCAUCAUCACUCUCGAUGAGUUGGAGAAGGCAUUUCUCAAAGAUGCCAUACCCGAGGCAGAAUAUACUGAAAUCUGCGAGAGAUCGCUGAAGCAGUACAAGUCGAUUCUGGCCGAUGAGGCUGUCGCGAAAGCUUUCGUAGGGCUGGAGGAGUUCAAGGCCGAGUGGGAUCUCGAAGUUCCCCGUGCAACAGAGCGAAUUCGCGUUGGCAUGCCUUCCACAGCGGUGACAGCCUCGUCGGGUUCCGCGCCUGCUGCAGCGGCGGCCGGCAACACCAGUGGUGCCCUUAUCCUCGAAGCCACGCAGGACUUCAUCACCUUCCUGGACGCGCUGCGGCUGGGCCUGCUGGCGAAGGACCAGCUACACCCGCUGCUCACGGACGUCAUCCAGUCGGUGAACAAGGUGACGGACAGGGACUUCGAGAACCGGGGCAAGAUCGUGCAGUGGCUGAUCACGCUCAACCAGAUGAAGGCGACUGAGGAGCUGAGCGAGGCACAGGCGAGGGAGCUGGAGCUGGACAUCAACUCGGCUUAUCAAGGUUUCAAGUCUACUUUGACAUGA